UAUGUUGCGAAACCCCCCGGCCCCGAAACCCAAAGCCAAGAGGGAAGCGCGUCCUCGCCCCGGUGGAGUCAGGUCAGAUCUGGCAGCCGCCCCCCGCUGCGGCCAGUCUUAGCAGUGUCCGCCGGGUCGCCGCCGCCGGCAAGCAAUGGCGGAGGAGGGCCACCCGUCCCGCUACGUCAAGCUCACCAAGGACCAGGACGCUCCCAGCGAGGACAUCCGCCCCGGCGAGCUCAACCAGCCCGUCCAUGUCCCCCAGCUCGAGGGCAGGAGGUGCGGCGAGUGCGGCCAGGUCCUCCCGGAGAGCUACGAGCCGCCCGCCGACGAGCCGUGGACCACCGGGAUCUUCGGCUGCACCGACGACCCCGAGAGCUGUCGCACUGGAUUGUUCUGUCCUUGUGUACUGUUUGGGCGCAACGUUGAGGCCCUCAGAGAGGAUAUACCUUGGACAACGCCUUGUGUUUGCCAUGCCAUCUUUGUGGAAGGAGGGAUUACACUUGCAAUCCUGACAGCAAUAUUUCAUGGUGUUGACCCAAGAUCAUCGUUUCUUAUUGGAGAAGGCCUGGUGUUUAGUUGGUGGUUGUGUGGUACCUAUACUGGCAUUUUCCGUCAGGAACUCCAGAAGAGAUAUCAUCUCAAGAACUCCCCGUGCGACCCAUGCAUGGCUCACUGCUGCCUGCACUGGUGCGCCAACUGCCAGGAGCACCGCGAGAGGAGGGGCCGCCUGGCCGACCACAGCGCUGUGCCCAUGACUGUUGUCAACCCGCCCCCGGUCCAGGAGAUGAGCAUGUCAGAGAACCGCGACGCCCCUGCCCCUGCCAACCCGGAGAACGGAUCAUCCAACAAGGCUGAGCUCGAAGCGCGCAAGAGCAACCACGACGACGUCGAGGUCAUCCCUCUAUAGACCAACCAAAGAAAGAAAAAUAAAGCCAACGGAACGACGGGGGAAGAGGAGGAGGAGGAGGCCGACCGCCGGCGAGGGAGGAUGAUGGAGCUCGCGCGCGCGUGCGGCGAGCUGGGGACGCCCCCGUCCUCCCAGCGCCGCGCGAGCGCGCGCCUGCGGCCGCGGGAGGCGCCGGCGUACGAGUUGGUCAAGAGACCCGCCAAGAGGAAGAGACCUGAUGGGAAGCCCAAGCGGGAAUUCAACCAGACCGUCAGGUGCUCGCUCAAGGAGUUCUUCGAGUGCGCGGAGCUUCUCAAGGACCGGCACGUCGCGAGGGUCCGCAAGGCGGGGUUCGGCGCCAUGCUGGACAGCAAGGUCAGGGGGCUCAUUAGCCGGCCUCUCAUCGGCUUCCUCAUGGGCAGGAUAGACCCGGCGACCAUGACAAUGAAGCUCGGGGAAUCAAAGGUCGUCGCUAUCACCAGCGAUGCCAUCCACCACCUUUUCGGCCUGCCUAAAGGAGGGCGCACGGCCCCGAGGCCCUCGGAAAGCGGCCACGACAGGGCGGUGAUGAAGCUGAAGCAAGAGCUCGGGUUUAAAAGGUCUGAUAACGUCAUGACGACGGAUCUGCGGGGUCUGCUUAAGCGACUGGUGGAGGACGAGGAGAAAGACGAGCUGGCACUCAAGGUUUUCUUCCUGGUUGUUUUCAUGAAGGUGAUCUGCCCGGGGGCCUCCGCGCGGGUCUCUAGGGAGGCGGCAAUGCUAGAAGAUCUGGAUUUUGAUGAGAUGGCGGACAUGGAUUUCUGCCAGCUGCUUGUCGAUGAGCUGCAGAGAGGGGUGGUGAGGUAUCAAAGCGGCAAGGCUUUGUGGCAGGCUAUCACGGGCUGCGCCGCCGCGCCCCUCUUGAUCUACCUUGAUUGCUGUAACUUGAGGACAGUUUCUGAGUUGGAUACACGGAUCCCUCGAACCCAUUUCAUGACUGAUGAUAACCUUAAGAAGAUAGCCAGCGCUGACUUGAUUCAAAAGGGGGGUCCUGAUACCCGGACCCGGCUUUACGGCAAAUUACCUUGGAAGGCUCACAAGGACAUAGUGUACUACGAAUUAAUUGUCGAACCAAUUUGUUUGGUGCCACCAAUUGCAAGAGGUGCCCCGCUCCGACGUCCGCCGUCGAAGAAGACCAUUAACCCCCAAGGAGCAGUGGCUGAUGACGCUCCAGUUCCAGACGUGGCGGGCAGCAGUAAUGGCAUCGGUCCCGAGUCCGAGAGGAGCAAUGGUAAUGUUGCAUGUACCGCCCUGAAUCAGAUGGACGUGCUUCUUGCAAGGGCAUGCGAUUUAUCACCCCAAGUGUCUAUUUCAAGUGCCCGACUCAGCCACACCAAGGGCAUUCUUCCACCAGGGCACGGUUUUGAUGCUGAAGCCGUGAAGGAGGGCCUCUCGAAGGAAGCGACACUUCUCUAUCCAGGCACCGAGGCCUCGCCGCAUCCACGCACCGUCGAGAGGAUGUCAUCUUUGAGCUCGGAGAUGGUGGGGGAGGAGGAGGUCGACCGCCGGCGACCGGAGGCGGAGGACAGGAUGAUGGAGCUCGCGCGGGCAUGCGGCGAGCUGGGGACGCCCCCGUACCCCCAGCGCAGUUCGAGUGCGCAGCUGCGGCGGCCGGAGCCGCCGGCGGCCACACAGUACAAGUUCGUGAAGAGAUCCACCAAGAGGAAGAGAGCUCGUAGUACUGCAUAUGAAAACGAAGCCGAUACGAAGCUUAAACGGGGAUUCAACAAGGCCGUCAGGUGCUCGCUCAAAGAAUUUUUUGAGUGCGCGGAGCUUCUCAAGGACCGGCACCUGGCAAGGGUCCGCAAGGCGGGGUUCGGCGCCAUGUUGGACGGCAAGGUCAGAGGGCUCGUUAGCCGGCCUCUCAUGGGCUUCCUCAUGGGCCAGAUAGACCCAACAACCAUGACAAUGAAGCUCGGGGAAUCAAAGGUCGUCACUAUCACUAGCAACGCAAUUCACCACCUUUUCGGCCUGCCUCAAGGAAGGCACACGGCUCCGAGGCCCUCGGAAAGCGGCUACGACAAGGCGGUGAUGAAGCUGAAGCAAGAGCUCGGGUUUAAAAGGUCUGAUAUCAUCAUGACGAGGGGUCUGCGGGGUCUGCUUAAGCGGCUAGUGGAGGACGAGGAGAAAGAUGAGCUGGCGCUCAAGGUUUUUUUCUUGGUUGUCUUCAUGAAGGUGAUUUGCCCAGGGGCCUCCGCACGCGUCUCUAGGGAAGCGGCAAUGCUGGAAGAUCUGGAUUUCGAUAAGAUGGCGGACAUGGAUUUCUGCCAGCUGCUUGUCGAUGAGCUGCAGAGAGGGGUGGUGAGGUAUCAAAGCGGCAAUUCUUUGUGGCAGGGUAUCACGGGCUGCGCCGUCGCGCCCCUCUUGAUCUACCUUGAUUGCUGCAACUUGAUGGAAGUUUCUGAGUUGGAUACGCGGACCCCUCGAACCCAUUUCAUGACUGUUGAUAACCUUAAGAAGAUAGCCAGCGCUGACUUGGUUCAAAAGGGCUCUCCUGAUACCCAAACCUGGCUUUACGGCAAAUUACCAUGGAAGGCUCAUAAGGACAUAGUGUACUAUGAAUUAAUUGCCGAACCAAUUUGUUUGGUGCCACCAAUUGCAAGAGGUGCCCAGCUCCGACGUUCGCCGUCGAAGAAUGCCAUUAACCCCCAAGGGGAAGUAGCUGAUGACGCUCCAGUUCCAGCCGUGGCGGGCAGCAGUAAUGGCAUCAGUCCCGAGUCCGAGAGGAGCAAUGGUAAUGUUGCAGGUGCCGCCCUGAAUCAGAUCGACGUGCUGCUGGCAAGGGCGUGCGAUUUAUCACCCCAAGUGUCUAUUUCAAGUGCCCGACUCAGCCACACUGAGGGCAUUCUUCCACCCGGGCACGGUUUUGAUGAUGAAGCCGUGAAGGAGGGCCUCUCGAAGGAAGCAGCACUUCUCUACCCAGGCACCGAGGCCUCGCCGGAUCCCCGCGCCGCCGAGAGGAUGCCGUCUCUGAGCUCGGAGACGGUGGGGGAGGAGGACGUCGACCGCCGGCGACCGGAGGCAGAGGACAGGAUGAUGGAGCUCGCGCGGGCAUGCGGUGAGCUGGGGACGCCCCCGUACCCCCAGCGCCGUUCGAGUGCGCGCCUGCGGCGGCUGGAGGCGCCGGCGGCCACACAGUACAAGUUCGUGAAGAGAUCCACCAAGAGGAAGAGAGCUCGUAGUACUGCAUAUGAAAAUGAAGCUGAUACGAAGCUUAAACGGGGAUUCAACAAGACCGUCAGGUGCUCGCUCAAGGAGUUUUUUGAGUGCGCGGAGCUGCUCAAGGACCGGCACCUGGCGAGGGUCCGCAAGGCGGGGUUCGGCGCCAUGUUGGACGGCAAGGUCAGGGGGCUCAUUAGCCGGCCUCUCAUGGGCUUCCUCAUGGGCAAGAUAGACCCAGCAACCAUGACAAUGAAGCUCGGGGAAUCAAAGGUCAUCACUAUCACUAGCGACGCAAUUCACCACCUUUUCGGCCUGCCUCAAGGAGGGCACACGGCGCCGAGGCCCUCAGAAAGCGGCUACGACGAGGCGGUGAUGAAGCUGAAGCAAGAGCUCGGGUUUAAAAGGUCUGAUAUCAUCAUGACGAGGGAUCUGCGGGGUCUGCUUAAGCGGCUGGUGGAGGACGAGGAGAAAGACGAGCUGGCGCUCAAGGUUUUUUUCUUGGUUGUUUUCAUGAAGGUGAUCUGCCCGGGGGCCUCCGCGCGCGUCUCUAGGGAGGCGGCAAUGCUGGAAGAUCUGGAUUUUGAUAAGAUGGCGGACAUGGAUUUCUGCCAGCUGCUUGUCGAUGAGCUGCAGAGAGCGGUGGUGAGGUGUCAAAGCGGCAAUUCUUUGUGGCAGGGUAUCACGGGCUGCGCUGUUGCGCCCCUCUUGAUCUACCUUGAUUGCUGCAACUUGAGGAAAGUUUCUGAGUUGGAUACGCGGACCCCCCGAACCCAUUUCAUGACUGCUGAUAACCUUAGGAAGAUAGCCAUCGCUGACUUGAUUCAAAAGGGGGGUCCUGACCCCCAGACCUGGCUUUACGGGAAAUUACCCUGGAAGGCUCAUAAGGACAUAGUGUACUAUGAACUUUUUGUCGAGCCAAUCUAUUCUGUCCCGCCAAUUGCAAGAAGUGCCCGGCUCCGGCGUUCAACGCCAAAGAAUGCCAUGGACCCCCAUGGGGCAGUGGCUGAUGAUGAUCCAGCUCCAGCCGUGGCGGGCAGCAGCAACGGGGUCGCUCCUGAGUCCGAAAGAAGCAACGAGAAUGUCGCAGCCACAGCCUUGAGUCAGAUCGACGUGCUGCUGGCAAGGGCAUGCGAUUUAUCACGCCAGGUGCCCACCACAAGCGCCCGGCUCAGCCAUACUGAGGGCAUCCUUCCGCCCGGACAUGGUUUUGAUGCCGAGGCCGCAAAGGAGGGCCUCUCGAAGGAAGCGGCGCUCCUCGACCAUCUGCAGAAGGCCACGUUCCACCUCCGCUCUUCGUUCGCUCUUUUUAAGAGCGUGCAGGAUGACCGGUGCAGGCCUUACGAAGACGAGGCGAAAUCGUUCACCAUGCAGAUGGAGGAGGAAGAAGCUGCUGCUGCUCAAGGAAGUGGAAGAGGAAUGGAGACGCCUGCAGAUGAGCAGUUUGAGGAGAAUGCUGAUCACUUCAUGCCCUGCGAUGAGGAGGAUGAGGCUGCGUCCCCGGUCUCCACUCCUCUGCAGCAGGACCUCAGCAGCGACACGGACGACGACGACGAUGAUUCCGACUACGCGGGGUAGCGCGAGGAGGCUUACAUUUUGCUGCGGGUGCUGUUUGGUUACAAGCAUCUUGAGCUGCCGCGUGUGAAAUUGCUUCUGCUUUGCCCCUGUCGGUUUUCAGGCAAGUUCCUUCUGCCCGGCGCCUCGGCGGCGGUCCUUCUCAUGCUUGGCGUCCUACACGCCAAGCGAAUGUACGACGACAAACAGCUUGUCGAAAGGAAGGAGCAAGGAAUCGAACCGGAAUUCUCGCCAGAUCUUAAGGCUUCGUUUCUGAGGCUUCUGCCACUGCGUUCCAUGUCGCGCGUCUGGGGAUCCUUGAUGGAAGUGGAGGUUCCGGUGUUCAUGCGUCCUGCUAUCUAUAAAGCAUGGGCCAGAGCAUUUCACUCUAAUUUGCAAGAACCUGCUCUGCCCCUGGAAGAAUAUCCUUCUUUACAGGCAUUCUUCAUCCGCAGUCUCAAACAAGGAUCAAGGCCUAUCGAUCCAGAUCCAAACUGCCUGGUGAGUCCUGUCGAUGGGAAAGUGCUGCGGCUUGGACAACUCAGGGGUCCAGGAACCAUGAUUGAGCAAGUCAAAGGCUUUUCUUAUCCUGUUUCUUCUCUUCUGGGUGCUACUUCAUCGCUGCAUGAUACCGCAGAAAAAGAUAUUUCUGGAGAGCAAACAGAACAAAAUGUGUCUGAGAACUCGAGUGCGAAAUCAUGGUGGCGAGUAUCUGUGGCUUCACCUAAACUACGAGAUCGAACACUGCUGAGCCCAAAGAGAGGAAUCUUUUAUUGUGUCCUGUAUUUACACCCUGGUGACUAUCAUCGAGUUCACUCUCCUGUUGAUUGGAAUAUUUUCAAACGUCGACAUUUCUCAGGUAAUCUUUUCCCAACAAAUGAACGUGCUGUGCGGACCAUCAGAAACCUAUAUGUCGAAAAUGAAAGGGUGGUACUCGAAGGUCAAUGGAAAGAAGGAUUUGUUGCAAUUGCAGCAGUUGGUGCUACUAAUGUUGGCUCUAUCAAACUGCUCAUUGAACCAGAGCUGAGGACAAAUGGUCCAGGGUCAAUGAUGCUUCAUUCCCAGCCUUACGAUGAGCGAGUUUAUGAACCCGAAGGCAGUGGCAUGAUGGUUAAAAAGGGACAAGAGGUAGCAGGAUUCAACAUGGGGUCGACUGUGGUCAUCGUAUUUGAAGCGCCUCUGUCCAAGGCCAGUGGGAACGGAACGUUCUCUCCAGAUUUCGGCUUCUGCGUCAAGGCUGGUGAUAGGAUUAGGGUAGGAGAAGCCAUUGGUCGAUGGGGCCAAGCGUAGAGCUGGUUUAGUUGCACUGUAGGAGUAGCUGUUUUUUCCGGUUUAGAGUUUGCAUUUCGUGCUGGAAAUGGAAUUUAUUUUUCGGGAAUGCAGGUAGUUCAGAGAGCUUGAGGAAGAUGUCAUGGUCUGAAUUUCAAGUAACAUUUUACUGGUACCGCUAGAAAAUUUAUCCGAAACAUGAAAGAUUUGAAUGCAAGAUGGUGUAUUCAGGAAUC